CAGUGGUGCAGCCAUGCCAGUCAUUUGUGAGAUGGUGUCAUAACAGCAUGAAUAUUUCAUUUGAUAUACUUGAGUUUGGCUUUGGAAAUAUAAACCUGAGAGAAGAUAUUAGUGGUUUAUGAAAAGUCAAUUCCAACAAAUAUGGAAUAUGUGAUCAUUUAACCCAGCUAGGAGAAUCCCAGGCAGAUAUAGCAAAUGCAGAUGCAAAAGCUUUUUUGUAGUCCACCCUUUCUCUCAGGGAUGCCCAGUGUAUUUGCAUCAGCCCCAUUUGACAACAGGAUCUGUUAAAACUCUAGUCAGAGAAAGGGAGUAUGAUUGUCAGGGGACGCCGUGCUCCUUGGGCACGUGACCAUGCACGUGACCCACUGCGCCCUCUCUGCCGACCCGUGCCUGCUCACCUGUUGAUCACCCAGCCUCCUCCUCCUC